UUCAUUCCAAAUUUAGCAACAGGAAAGAAGUUCUUUGAAGGCGACAUUAUCAUGCCGCAUGAAAGGAAUGCACUGAGAAAUGACUCCUAUAGAUGGAAACUGCCAAUUCCGUACAAAAUGGGUGCCAGUAUAGACCUGAAUACCAAGGGUGUCAUAUUUCAAGCAUUUGAGAUGUUUCGACUCAAAUCUUGCAUUGACUUUAAACCCUAUGAAGGAGAGAAGUCCUACCUCCAAUUUGAAAAGCUGGAUGGAUGCUGGUCUUAUGUGGGAGAUCUUCAGAAUGGCCAAGUCGUUUCUAUUGGAUCACGUUGUGAAUAUAAAGACACUGUGGAGCAUGAACUCUUGCAUGCCCUUGGAUUUUACCAUGAACAGUCACGCACUGAUCGAGAUGACUAUGUUAAGAUUUGGUGGAAUGCAAUCAUUGAUGGUCAGGCAUAUAACUUUGACAAAUAUGAUGACAGUUUCAUUUCUGAUUUAAACACCCCAUAUGAUUAUGAAUCUGUCUUGCAUUAUGGACCUUAUUCAUUCAAUAAGAACAGUUCCGUCCCUUCAAUUACAACAAAAAUUCCAGAGUUCAACAAUGUCAUUGGGCAAAGCCAGGACAUGAGCAAGAUAGAUCUAGAAAGGCUUAACCGCAUGUACCAUUGUGCUUCCAGUCUUACUAUCCUUGACCAAUGUUCAUUUGAGUCCAUCAAUAUCUGUGGCAUGGUGCAAAAUGGAAGAGACGACAAGGACUGGGAACAUACCUUGACUACAACCAGGGAUAACAACAACCGCUGCUUAGAGAAAGGAUACAUUAUGAGCUUCGAUACCACCAAAGGCCUUUCAGGUGAAACAGCCAUUUUGGAGUCCCGCAUUCUUUAUCCAAGAAGAAAUGAGAAGUGCCUACAAUUUUUUUACAAAUUUGAUGGCAGUCCAAAAGAUGAGCUGAUUGUGUGGCUUAAAACUGAUGAUGGUACUGGAAACAUUAGGAAGUCAAUAAAAGUGAAGAGCAUCCGUGGUGAUGGAGAGAAGCAGUGGAACUUUGCAAACAUUCCUUUCAACACCCGGACCAAAUUCCGCUAUGUUUUUCAUGGCCUUAAAGGAGACCCACAGAAUUCCAAAGGUGGAAUUCACCUUGAUGAUAUCACUCUGACUGAAACGGAAUGUCCUACCAGUGUUUGGCAGAUAAGAAACUUCACUUCCAUUUUAAAGAGUACCUCAAAAGGAGAUUAUCUGGCAAGCCCUAUCUUUUAUAACUCUGAAGGCUACUGCUUUGUGCUCAGUCUCUAUCCCCGGGGUCCAGCCAACUCAAAUGGAGAUUACCUAGGAAUCAUGUUUUCUUUGUGUAGUGGCCAGAAUGAUGGAGCAUUAGAAUGGCCAGCUGUGAACAGGCAAGUGACAUUCACCAUAGUGGAUCAAGAUCCUGACAUCACCCAAAGGAUGUCAGCAAGCCGAAGUUUUGUUACAGACCCCAACCAGCGUUACAAUGGGAAACCUUUUUGGGAUAAGGCUGACAUUACUGGAACUUUUGAUCCUUCCUAUAACACCCAUAUAGGCCCAGGAUGGGGAUGGCAUUACAUCUUGCCAUAUAGUGAAAUGUACCGGAGAAAUUUUGUUAAAAAUGACAAUCUCAUCAUUUUUUCAAAUUUUGAAGUUAUUCAUGAUCCAGGUAAUGUUUUAUAAAUCCUUGGAAUUCUUGACAAAGAAAUGUACGUCUCCUCUGCUUCCAUCAGUUAUCCCAACUAAUU